GAAUUGAUAGGCGCUAGUCUUGAUGCUGAUUGGGCCCAGGUGCUGUCGGUCAGCACGCAUUGUGGUUUACGUCACGGCGUAUCGAGGUUGCGCUAAAAGAAAAGAGGAGGGUCUACAGGAGAGUCAUUUUAUUUAUUUCUUUGUUUCGAGUAGAAUAAUAAUAAUAGUGAUACAAUUUUAUUAUUAUUAUUAUUUUUUUUUAAAAUUACAAGUCAAAAAAACUGGAAAGGGUUACUGGGGGAUAUAGAGGCCCGAAGCGAAGGGGAGGAGGAUGAAGCGGCGCAAUGCGGACUGCAGCAAACUCCGGCGGCCGUUAAAACGGAACCGAAUCACCGAGGGCAUCUACGGCAGCACCUUCUUGUACCUGAAGUUCCUGGUUGUCUGGGCACUGGUGUUGUUGGCGGAUUUCGUCCUGGAGUUCAGAUUCGAAUACCUGUGGCCGUUCUGGCUGUUUAUCAGAAGUGUUUAUGACUCCUUCAGAUACCAGGGUCUGGCGUUUUCAGUGUUUUUUGUUUGUGUAGCAUUCACGUCAGAUAUAAUAUGCCUACUCUUCAUACCUGUACAAUGGCUAUUCUUUGCUGCCAGUACGUACGUUUGGGUACAGUAUGUGUGGCACACAGAAAGGGGAGUAUGUUUACCCACAGUAUCACUAUGGAUACUGUUUGUUUAUAUAGAAGCUGCAAUCAGAUUUAAGGAUCUGAAAAAUUUUCAUGUGGACUUAUGUCGUCCUUUUGCUGCACACUGCAUUGGGUAUCCUGUUGUGACACUGGGCUUUGGUUUCAAAAGUUACGUCAGCUACAAGAUGCGAUUAAGAAAACAAAAGGAAGUUCAGAAAGAGAAUGAGUUCUAUAUGCAGCUUCUUCAGCAGGCUUUGCCUCCAGAGCAGCAGAUGCUUCAGAGGCAGGAGAGGGAAGCAGAGGAAGCUGCAGCAGCCAAAGGGAUCUCAGAAGUGGAUUCCACGCUGAUUUCACAGCAGAACGGGGGAAUCCCAGCCAGUAAAAAACUGGUCACAACAUUACCAGAACUUGAAUACAGAGAAAAAGGGAAAGAUAAGGACAAAGAGGCGAAAAAACAGAACCUUGGAAUAAAUAACAAUAUUUUACAGUCCGUAGACUCUAAAGUACAAGAAAUUGAAUACAUGGAAAAUCAUAUCAAUAAUAAGAGAUUGAAUAACGAUCUCGUGGGGAGUACAGAAAACCUCUUGAAAGAGGAGCUUUGUAUGGCCUCCUCAAAAAAUUACAAGAACGCCAGCGGGACAGGCAACUCGUCUCCUCGCAGCCACAGCGCGUCCAAUGGGAGUAUUCCCUCAUCUUCAUCCAAUAAGAAUGAGAAGAAACAGAAGAUCACCAGUAAGAGUCCGAGCACUCACAAGGAUUUAAUGGAAAACUGUAUACCUAAUAACCAGCUGAGCAAACCUGAUACACUAGUACGGCUGGAGCAGGACAUAAAGAAGCUGAAGGCAGACCUGCAGGCCAGCAGACAGGUUGAACAGGAGCUACGCAGCCAGAUCAGCUCGUUGAGCACCACAGAGCGCAGUAUCCGUUCCGAGCUUGGUCAGCUUCGUCAGGAGAACGAGCUGCUGCAGAACAAGUUGCACAAUGCUGUACAGGCGAAACAGAAAGAUAAACAGACUAUCAGCCAGUUGGAGAAGAGGCUGAAAAUGGAGCAGGAAGCGCGGGCUAUUGCAGAAAAACAACUGGCAGAGGAAAAGAAACGAAAGAAACUUGAGGAGGCGACAGCGGCUCGAGCAGUGGCACUUGCUGCUGCUACCAGAGGGGAGUGCACAGAAUCGCUCAGGAGUCGCAUCAGGGAGCUGGAGACAGAGUGUAAAAAAUUAACAAUCGAUAUGAAAGUCAAAGAGGAGCAGAUCCGAGAUUUAGAAAUGAAAGUGCAGGAACUGCGGAAAUACAAGGAAAGUGAAAAAGAUACAGAAGUGUUGAUGUCGGCUCUUUCAGCCAUGCAAGAUAAAACACAGCACUUAGAAAACAGCUUGAGUGCAGAGACCAGGAUUAAACUGGACUUGUUCUCAGCGCUAGGGGAUGCCAAACGACAGCUUGAAAUUGCACAAGGGCAAAUAAUCCAGAAAGACCAGGAGAUCAAGGACCUGAAACAGAAGAUUGCCGAGGUGAUGGCAGUGAUGCCCAGCAUUACAUACAGUGCAGACACCAACAAUCUGAACCCUGUCGCUCCACACUACUCCUCCAAGUUCAUGGAUACUAGCCCCUCCGGACUGGAUCCAAACGCCUCCGUUUACCAGCCCCUGAAGAAGUGAAUGCCACCUUUCUCUUUGCCCUGUUGAAGAGUUUUUGUUUUUUACUUUUUUUUUUUUUUUUUUUUCUGGUCAAGAAGACAUUGUAUUGUGUGACUGUAUUUGUUGUAGUUAAAACACACAAAAAAAAAAAAAAAAAAAAAAAAAAAAAAGACCUCACAUGUCGACUAGAACUGCCCAAUGGUUUCUUUCUUGUAAAUUUCUAGAUAACCUCACAGAACUUGGCAUAUUUGUUUUGGUCAGUGCAUUGAUGCUUAAAGGUGUUUUGUUUUGUUUUUUCUCCUCUCCUUGGUUGCCCAUUUUGCCUUUGUUUCUCUUUUCACUUGGUUUCCUCUUGAAUGUUUUUUUUUUCCCCAUAUACUUACAGUUUCAUCUUUCUUCACUCUCUCUUCUGAUCUGUUCCGGGUAAGUAAAUAUAUAAAUCUGAUCUGAAUAAAUAAUCUUUAUCUGUGAACUUUAAAAAGAAUAGUGUCUAAAGUGCAACAUGGCACCCUUUCUGUGUAGACUGUUUAUAGUCUCUCUGUCAAGAGAACUAUAAUUUUGAAUACAGAGGAUUCAAGAUCAAGGGUAGAACUUGCAUGACCGUACUUUAGAUUGGCCAGAUAGAGGAAUGGUAAACCGUGUCCCAGGAGCUUAAUACUAAUCUCGUUGUUUUAAACUAGAGCACUUCAGUUCAUCUAAGAUCUGUACAAGUUGAACUAUCAAUUUUAAAGAUCUGACGGUGGUAUACAUAAUAAGCUGAGGCAGGCUCUUGUAUUCCAUACCGCAGUCACAAUUUUAUAAAAAGGUUUCAGAUCAAAAACGGAUGAAGGGUUGAUGAGAAGUGAGUGUGUGAACAAUGUCAUUCCAUUACGCAAAUAAUAUAUACAGAUCACCCCUUACUGGACCAGUCUGAUUGAGAGGUACCUUUCAAGUCAUAAAGUGGGAAUAACUAUGAUGACAAGGUUAAUAUUGAAAUGGUGGAUGCUGAAUCUGCUUGUGCUGUUUUUAGUUACCGAGUUGUCUUUUUGACAGUGCCUUGAAAAUAGACACGUUUCAAGAGAAAAGACCUCAGUUCUCAUUCUCCUUUUCAAUUAUACCACAGUCUACUGCAAUAUAAGCAGUCUAGACACAAAACUAUAGCAUGACUGCUUCAUUUAAAUUGUAGUAUUCUUUUUGUUUAUUAUUAUUAUUAUUUGCCUGAAAGAUGUUGCAUCCUACAAGGCAUGAUGUGAGAAAGGGAAACAAACAUUUAAUUUAAGAUGGAUUUUAGUGCAAUUUCUAGGCUUUUGACCUGCCAAUUACAAUUUACAUUUCUAGCAUUUUUUUUUUUUUUUCAGUGUGUUUUAAGGUUAGCAUCCACUUGUGUUUUGUAAGCAUCUUUUAUUACAGCUGAAUAUUGGGUUCAGCUUUUGUGCCAAGAAAAUACUUUAUUUUCCUGAAAUGUUUUCAUGCGUUUGUGUAAAAGUUAAAUGUAUUACAAAUACAUUGGCAAGAGCUGCUGAUAAUAGUAAAUUAAAGGUGUUAUGCUUGGAAAAAUAUACGUUACUUAAAUUUCAAAGAGAAGCAAUACUGAACCAUAGACUCUGUUGCCACGCAUUUGCAGUAGACUCUAACGAUUUGACAAAGUAUUUUUCUUUUGUUAAAAUGGUAUUGUAUACAUUGUGUAUUUGUCACCAUGGAAAAGUGUUGCGGAAUUCAGUUGUAUCAUGGGUUCAUGAAGCUUUGUGCAGAACUUGGAAUAUUGUCACUGACUUAAUGCUGAGGGGAAAUACUUUUCGUUCUUUUUGUUUGGCUGCCAUUUCGGCGUGUUUCUUUAUAUAACUGAUCUUGGCUGCAUUCUUUUUCUGUGGGGUUUACAAGGAAUAAACAUUUUCUUGCAGAUGAUAAA